AUGCCCGACAUUACAGCGGCUGGCCCAUUAGCGGCGGCCGUAUGUUACUAUGGUACUGUAUUGGGUAUAGCAGAACUUUCAAGAAGAAUUAUAGACAAGACUAUCUCAAAGAAAACCUCUUUUCAUCGCUUUCUAAUAGAACUUAUUGGAACAGCACAAAUUUGUACCUGUGUCUUUGAAAAUGCUCUAAUAGUACAACAUUAUGGUGUAUCUUCAUAUUUUAUUGUCACAACAAUUCUUGGAUUCAUUUACGCCUCAACGGGUCGAGGCAGCUAUAAUACACCACUUACUCCUAUUGAAAUGUUAUAUUAUCGAGAGAUCAGGUAACG